CAAUUCCUGUAUUUGUUACAAAAAGUAAACACAAACAAUAAUGUGCUGUGUAACCUUUGAUCUUAAACGUCAGAAUGGAUUUGAGGGUAAAGGGAACGCAGUUAUCAAAACCGUGAAUCUCGCUUGGUCUCUUGCACAAGCCCAUGCUGGUGAACCAUUUACCCCUGCUCUUACAUCAAUUAUGGACCUUGACUUUGUAGAUAUAGUGCAAAACUUUGUCUGCAGCAUUGAGUUUUGCUCGGUUAAUUUGUAUAGUUGAAGGUGAGAAGCGGAUACUUCUGAAGAACUAUAACCAUGGUGUCAGUGGUUGAUCCAGUAAAAGGCUUUGUAGAGGUACUUUUGUCACAUUUGGCCUUAACCUGUGUGUUACUUCUGGCCUGCUUCGCUGCUGUCCGCUGGUACAUCAGAGAUUCCCACAGGGUCGGUGGUUUUACUCAGAAGCAUGUGUUCAUCACGGGCUGUGACAGCGGCUUUGGGAACCUCCUGGCCAGACAGCUGGACCGGAAAGGCUUCAGGGUUAUAGCCGGGUGUCUAACAAAGAAAGGAGCCACAGAUCUGGGAGCAGCGACAUCCCCCCGGCUGAAGACCCUCCUGCUGAAUGUUACAGACAGCAUGAGCAUCCGGAGUGCCGUGGAAUUUGUGAGGAGAGAAGUGGGGGAGCGAGGUCUCUGGGGGCUGGUGAAUAAUGCUGGCCGGUCGGUACCCAUCGGGCCGACAGAAUGGAUGCAACUGGAGGACUUUACAAAGGUCUUGAAUGUGAAUCUUAUAGGGGUUAUUGAUGUGACCCUGCAGUUUCUGCCUCUCCUGAAAAAAGCCAAAGGCAGAGUAGUGAACGUGGCCAGUAUUCUGGGGAGGCUGUCUCUCAUCGGUGGAGGAUACUCUCUGUCCAAAUGGGGAGUGGAAGCAUUCUCUGACAGCCUCAGGAGGAACAUGCACCACUUUGGUAUUAAGGUGAGCAUCAUUGAGCCGGGUUUCUUCAAGACUGCUCUGACCAGUUUGGAUCUCAUUGAAGCUGAGCUGAAGAAGCUGUGGGAAGGCCUUCCUAAUGAUGUUAAGGACUCAUAUGGAGCCACAUACCUAGACGAUUAUAUGAGAAUGCAGAGCUUCUCUAUGAACAUCCUAUGCUGUCAGGAUAUCUCCAAGGUUACCUGGUGCAUGGAGCACGCUCUCACUGCCCAGUACCCACGCACACGUUACGGAGCCGGCUGGGACGCCAAGCUUUUCUGGAUCCCCCUAUCCUACCUCCCUUCUUUUGUGUCUGACUUUAUUGUAAAUGUCCUCCUACCCUCACCUAAAGGCACAAGAAAGAAUUGAAUAAAAGAUAUCUAUUCAUAUUGUAAAAAACAGCAUGUGCCAUGUUUAUUGGCAGUCCCUGGAAAUAUGAAAAUAGCCUGAAAAUAAGUGUUUUUUGUUAUAAAUAUUUCACAAUGACCAGUCUGCUGCGGUUUUCUAACAGUGAAUUUUGAAGAUUUUCUUACUUAAUUUAUUAUCCUGACGGUGUUUAUUUUAAGCGUUUUCAUCAUUGCUUUGACUGUAAAGCAAGUUUAGGCAAGCAAUUUUCUCAUAGCUGCUUCCUGAUGAUCAGCGUACUUACUUGUACACAAUGACUUAGAGAAAUGACCCUUUAUGUGACUUCAUAUGCUUUUCUUUAAAAAAGUAUGAAAUAAGUAACUAAAAGCCAUUUUAGUAAUGUUUAUUUUAAAGGAAUUGUUUGGGCUGCCAGUAUUUUUUAUCAAAUGUUUUUCCCUUGUCCAUAAAAACAUAUUUAAAUUAGCCUUUAUAAUUUUCUAAAGGCAUUUAAUACAUCAUUACCAGGAGUGCUAAUUUUGUCAGUCUUAGUAUGUGUAUAUAUGUCCUUAAAAGUGCUGUAAUGCAAAACAAAUUCAGACUUGCUCUAAUAAUAAAGGAAUAUCGUAUUGUAUUCUGGGAUUACACUGGUAGCAAGAGACAGAUAAAAAAUACAAGUCUAUAGUUCUGCAAUGAUGUUAAGAGAAAGAAAGGGCUUGGGCUUAUCAGGGCCUGCAGAUUUGCUAGUGUCAAGAUUGUUUUAAAACUCUGAACUUCACUUUUAACAGAAGUGAAGAUAAAAGGCAGAACCUCAGACUGAUAAAGCUCAGUCCACUUUAUAGUGGAAAAUAUCAUUGAAAAUAAAUAUUGGCAGUUGAAAUCCAA